GGCCACCCUGGGGCAGAAGGGAUGAAAGGGGCCAGUGUGGGGCACAUGUCUUCACUGGCAGGCUUAAGGCCAAGGGACAGUCAGACCCUUGGUCCCCAUCCUGACCUGCUGCAUGCCCUCUGCCAUCCCCCACCAGACAACCCCCUUCCCUGGCCUGGGUUAACUUCUCCCCUGCCAGGAGUGGCGUGCCUUGUGGGGACAAGUUCAGAGAAUUGGCUUUGUGACCUGAAGAGAGGUGCCCAUCUACUUUGAGGAAUUCCCAAGGCCAAGCCCCUCAUUGUACAAGUGACUCAUUGAGCCAAGGGGUGUGGACUGUUCUAGAACCCUGGCCCCUGACUCCCACCCCAGCUGUCUUGACAGCCUGCCCGUGCCACCAACAGCCCCCCAGAAGGUAUAAAGCCAGCAGGCCCCACAAAGUCUGGAUCACUGAAGAUGCGUAGCUGAGGCCAGGUGGCUCUGCCCUCCAGAGAAGGUACCAGAAGCAGGGUGUCUCUUCUGCACAGACCCCAGCCCUGGCAGGAUGUCUUCACAUCAUGGAGCCCCCUACCUCUGUGGCCCCAGUCCCGGCUAGAGGCAGGGGUCAAACAUCCUGAAGGAUGGCCCAGUGCCUUGGGCCACGGGCACUGCCACGGUUGAAGGCCAUGGUUGUGGGGUCUUGGGCAAAGCAGCUAGCUUCUUAUGGCCCUGGGCAGGCCCUAGCCACUCUCUCAUCCAUUUUCUCACUGGUGCAAUGGACUAGGCUGAAACUCCAUGGCCUUCAAAGACCCCUUCCAUCUAGAAGGUUCCUGAAGAAGUCCGGGGGGAGGGUGCGCUGUGAGCCAGUUUCGGAGCACCGACCAUUUAUGAGGCGCAGCCGCAGUGGUAUGUGGUAACAAUGGAGCUCACUAUGUCCUAAGCGCUGGACAGUCUGAACUUACUCAUUCCUGACAAUAAUCCCACACGGUAGACACACUUUGCAUUGCCCUGGUACUAAAGGAGAAAUGGAGGCGCGAAGAGAUGAAAAUGACCCAAAGCAGCAACAAUAGUGGAACUCAAGCCCUGCCGUCUUCCUCCAUGUUCCAAGCCACGGUCUUAUGGACCCCAACAUGGCUGAGCUUCCUGUAGGCCAGACUUUCUGGAGGACCUGAGUCUCUCCAAGCAGCAAGCAGCAGCGGCCCGAAGUCCAGCCACAAAGCUGCUUGCAGAACCUGGGAGAUAGGCCAUCAGGGGCCCAGGAGAAGCCUUCUGUGUCUGUGCUAGUCAGGUCGCUGCGAGGGACAGACGGGGGCAAAAUGGAGUGCGGCUGGUGUAGAAAGUUCUGGAACAUCUGUCACAGGAGGAGUUGCUAAAGAACCUGGGAGAAGGGGUGGAGUGGCUCUCCCCAAACUUCCGCAGGCCCCGGGGGUGCUGAUGAAGAGACUGGUUUGCUCUGCCCCCUUCCAGGUGGUGGGAGGCAGCUCUCUUGCGGCCGAAGGUGUCGCAUGACCUGGGGCAGCGGCGGUGGUGGAGGGAGUGCCCCACCGCAGGUGUGAGCACCUCUGGCUGGGCGCAGCAGGAGAUGCCUUUGGGGCCCCGCCCAGGUCUCCGGCGUGAGGCUCAAUCAGGCCCUUCCAAGCAAGUCCAACACCCCAGGCCUUGACAGUCCCUGCAUUUGGUGGCUGAACCGCUCUCCUCCAGCAGUCCCGCCCAGCAGCCCUGCUUGGCUGCACAGCCGGGCCCCUGACCGAGGCGCCCAGCAGCACGCUGUUAUUCCGAUUCCAGGACGAGAGAACCUGCUGAUCCCCCAGAACGCCUAGUGCGGGCAAGGACUUGGCUGGGGCUGGAACCUCGCUGAAGGGCCCCCAGAGCCAACGCAGCAGGAGGAUGGACAGGCCGGGACUCAGCCUCGCUCCGCUCCUGUCCCACCUCUGUUGAAGGCAUUCCAAGGCCCCUUCGCCAAGGCAGGAUGAAGAUGAGACGCUACAAGCUCUUUCUCAUGUUCUGUAUGGCCGGCCUGUGCCUCAUCUCCUUCCUGCACUUCUUUAAGACCCUGUCCUAUGUCACCUUCCCCCGAGAACUGGCCUCCCUCAGCCCGAACCUCGUGUCCAGCUUCUUCUGGAACAAUGCCCCUGUCACGCCCCAGGCCAGCCCGGAGCCGGGCAGCCCCGACCUGCUGCGAACGCCGCUCUACUCCCACUCGCCCCUGCUCCAGCCGCUGUCCCCAAGCAAGGCCAGCGAGGAGCUCCACCGGAUGGACUUCGUGCUGCCUGAGGACACCACCGAGUACUUCGUCCGCACCAAGGCGGGAGGCGUCUGCUUCAAACCAGGCACCAAGAUGCUGGAGAAGCCCUCCUCGGGGCGGCCCGAGGAGAAGGCUGAGGGGGCCGACGGCUCCUCCGCCCGGGGCCCGGCCCGGCACCUGCUGAGCGCCCGUGAGCGCCCGGGGCCCCGCGGCCCACGGCGCAAGUGGGUGGAGUGCGUGUGCCUCCCGGGCUGGCACGGGCCGAGCUGCGGCGUGCCCACCGUGGUGCAGUACUCCAACCUGCCCACCAAGGAGCGCCUGGUGCCCCGCGAGGUGCCGCGGCGGGUCAUCAACGCCAUCAACAUCAACCACGAGUUCGACCUGCUGGACGUGCGCUUCCACGAGCUGGGCGACGUGGUGGACGCCUUCGUGGUGUGCGAGUCCAACUUCACGGCCUACGGGGAGCCGCGGCCGCUCAAGUUCCGCGAGAUGCUCACCAACGGCACGUUCGAGUACAUCCGGCACAAGGUGCUCUACGUCUUCCUGGACCACUUCCCGCUGGGCGGGCGGCAGGACGGCUGGAUCGCCGACGACUACCUGCGCACCUUCCUGACGCAGGACGGCGUGUCGCGCCUGCGCAACCUGCGGCCCGACGACGUCUUCAUCAUCGACGACGCCGACGAGAUCCCCGCGCGCGACGGCGUGCUCUUCCUCAAGCUGUACGACGGCUGGACGGAGCCGUUCGCCUUCCACAUGCGCAAGUCGCUGUACGGCUUCUUCUGGAAGCAGCCGGGCACCCUGGAGGUGGUGUCGGGCUGCACGGUGGACAUGCUGCAGACGGUGUACGGGCUGGACGGCAUCCGCCUGCGCCGCCGCCAGUACUACACCAUGCCCAACUUCCGGCAGUACGAGAACCGCACGGGCCACAUCCUGGUGCAGUGGUCGCUCGGCAGCCCCCUGCACUUCGCCGGCUGGCACUGCUCCUGGUGCUUCACGCCCGAGGGCAUCUACUUCAAGCUCGUGUCCGCCCAGAACGGCGACUUCCCCCGCUGGGGCGACUACGAGGACAAGCGGGACCUCAAUUACAUCCGGGGCCUGAUCCGCACCGGGGGCUGGUUUGACGGCACGCAGCAGGAGUACCCGCCGGCCGACCCCAGUGAGCACAUGUAUGCCCCGAAGUACCUGCUCAGCAACUACGCCCAGUUCCGCUACCUGUUGGACAACCCCUACCAGGAGCCCAGGAGCACGGCGGAAGGUGGGCGGCGGCCCAGGGCUCCCGAGGGAAGGCCCCCCGCCAGGGGCAAAUCAGAUGUGGUUGAAGGCUAAGGCUGCGUGAUCUCAGAGGGCCAGGGGCAGGGCGGGGGCUGGCAGCUGCCCCUCCUGAUGUUUUCCUGCCUCCCUCUGCCGUCUGGCUGGUCCUUGAGAAGACCGGGAGUGGAUGGGUGAAGGAGUCUUCCCUACUCAGGCCCUUGUGAAUCGGGGUUGGGCCUGUGAGCUCACAAAACGUCCUUCCCCAUCAGGAGAGGGGAGCCCAGCCCUUCGCACUCCCAAGAGCCCUGUGGCCGGGAGGUGCUGGUGGAGUGUGCAUGGUGGUUGCUGGGUAGUGAGGGAGGGUGGGCAGGGUGGGGAAGGGAACCUGCAGGAGCUCCCCAGGGCCAGCAGGUGGGAGCUGCAGCCCCUGCCAGGAAGAAACCUACCAUUUGGCCACUGGGGGCUUUGGACCUGCAGCGGAGAAGUGGACGUGCCAGGAGGUCCUGGGGCUCUGUAAAUAGAUGCUUUUGGCUCCAGGAGGAAAAGGGGACAGACACCAGGGCGGGAGGGGAGGAAAAACAGCAGCCAGCUGGGAAGAACUGCAGUGUUCUCGGGAGAGCUGAGCCAGAAGGAGCCGAGAAAUCUGGCCCAUAGUCCGUGUCCCACCCCCCCCAUGCUCGACAGCACCUGUGGGAUAGGCGGGGUUCUGCAGAAGUGCAAGGAGUCUUUAUUUUUGUUCCAAAUCUGGCCUUGACAUUCCUUCUUUUCUUUUUAUGUUGCUGUCUUGUGGCAAGGCGAAGAGUCCAGUUCUCAGGGUGGGAUGGGAGCCAGAGGCUGGACCAUCAGCCAGCCCAGUAGGUUGGGCCUGGGAGGGGGCGCGGGGAAGGAGAUGGUUCCCCAUCACCCCUUCCCACUGAAACCCACAACCCCAGCUCCCCACCAUCUCUGGUAGGAUCACCCUUGCACCCCUCCUUGGGGCUGGCUAGAGUCAGGAAGGCCCACAGGGCUGCCCUGGGCCCAGGAGGGACUUGAAGGCCAGCUGUAUGUCAUCUCAUUCCUCUUUGCCUCUUGAGGGCAGGGGAUGUAUUGGUUAGAUUCUAAGCUGCUCUAAUUAAGAGACCCCAGAAUACAGUAAUUUAAGCAAGACAAGCUUGUUUCUAGCUUAACUGUCUAGAGAGCGAUGGUCCACAUCCAGUAAGGCAGCUCUGCUUUCCUUCAUAUGCACCUUCCACUUUUGGAUAGAAUGGUUGCUUCGGUUCCCACCAUCACAUGUGCAUCCCAGCACAGGGGAAGCAGAGAACAGCAAGAGAAGCACAUGCCCGUCACUCCGGCACUUCUGAUCGCAUCUCACUGGCCAGGUCUUAGUGACACGGUCACAAGUAGCUGCAAGGGAAGCUGGGAAUAGUCGUCUUCAGCCACAUGCCCAGCCUCAACUUAAGAGUUCUCUUAGUAAAGGAAGGAGGAGAGAAUGGAGACAGGAGACAAGGAGCGUCUCUGGCACAGAGGGUGGGGGAUGGGGAGAGAGUGUAGGAAUGACUAACGCAGUCCUAGGAUCCUACUGUCUCUUCAGAGCUCCUAAGAGCACCCGCUCCUGCCCCCACUCACUGCAGCCCAGGGUUGGGGGGCAGUUAGAGCCUGUGGUUAUAGGAGUGGUGAUACUCCCCACUCCCGAGGCACCCGUAGAUGGUCACCCAGCGAUGCCAGGAUGCAGAGCCUGCCUGUGGAACGGUACAUGUUUGUGCGUGUGUGUGUGUGUGUAUUUAUGGGCAUGUGUGCAUGCUUGGUGUGUAUUUGUACGUGUCUGUAUUGGGGUGUCCCUGUAAAUAUAGGCUUCUGUAUGGAUGUAGGGGCAGGGCCCAGGCCUCCCCUUCCCCAGGACCCGGAGCCUGUGGCCACACCUCCUUGCAGCUCCUCCAAAGUGACUUGGGCAGAAAACCUCUGGGGAGCCGAGAAAGCAAGGCUGAAGGGGGUGUGGGGGUCUGUCUGUCUGUCUGUCUUUCAGUCCAAGGAAUGAGAGUCCUCCUGACCUGAGGGCUGAACAGCUGAGAGCUCACUACCUCCCCAGCCCAUCUUGGUCCCAGCCAUAUCCUCCCAUCCCGUCCCACCCAGCCUCCAGCCUGGACUUGCUCUGGAUGUCUUAUUGGGAUUUCCUGAUGGGCCAAGAGAGAGGGGUGUCUCCUUUGCCACAGCUCUGUCCCAGGAAAUGUCUGGCGUGGGCGCAGUCUUCCAGGGAGCAGGCUACUGAGCAACUCUGGUGGGGAGACAGGAAGCAGGUGGAGGGUGCUCUGUGGCCUCCACUCUCCCUCCGCAAGGGGGUCCAUGGUGUCCCCCGAGGGAACCCCUCCCUUGGAGUGAUAGCAGCCCCCCUCCCAGUCCCUCUUGAAGCUGAACAAAGAGGCAAAAGUGGCAAAGGCGGUCAGAAUGUCUACCAGGGCCUGCCUUCCUAGCCACCUUCGCUCAUCUCCUGGGCUGGCAGUCUCGGGGGCUCCUGAAUCAGGCCUGAGCCCCAGCCCAGGGUGGGUUUCCUCAUCCAUGCCCCUGGCACCCUCAGCUGCUCUGGGGAUGCCCCCUCCCCAGGCUGGCAGGGGUCCCUGGCUUCCAGUUCACCAGCUCCAGGGCAAGGGAAGGAGAAGGUGGGGAGCUCAGACCUACCAGGCCCCACCUUCCCUCUCAGACCCAGAACAUAUUCAUGGUCACUGCCAAGGGGAGACCUGGUCAUUGGGCGGAGAGGGCAGCCAUCAGAGGGGUGGGUGGGGGCAAGACGGGGUUGAAGAGUUUCACUUACACUCACAUCAUACACUGGGAAAUUCGGGGGGCAGGGGAGCCCUGGGCCACUCCCCCAGUAUGAAAGGAAACCAAACUGUGAAUGGGAGUGUGGGCAUACUGCUCACCCUGUCACUGUCAGCAGGUGUCUCCCUGGGAACCACUGGCCCUGUGACCUCUAGACUCAGGAGGCUCUGCCCACCCACAGGUCAUGUCCUCUUGCAGAGGCAGGUUCAUAGGGGUGGACUUGGGAGAGCUUUGGGGCCAAAGGUGGCAGGCGGGGAGGGGAGACGGGACUUCUCCAAGCAGAAGGCAGGAGGCCCUGGGAAAUGUAUAAUUUAAGGACGCCAAUGAUAAUAGUAUUAUUUUUUUUGUAAGGGAAAAUCAAUAUGUACAUUCUGAAAUCAUUUUCUCUGUAAAUGGUUGGAUUUCAUUUCACCCUUAAAGGGAUGCUUAAAGGAAAAGAUAAUAUUAAUAAUAAAAGCAGCUACAAAGUCUUAAA